CGCCCCUUCCCCCCCUUCCCGGUGAAAUCCCACCCACCCGCUCAUUACGUAAUGUCCACCGCGCCGAAUGAUGUUCCGCUCGACGUUGUCCACGACGGCGACCACAUCAACGGCGACACCGCGCCGAACGGCGUCAACGGUCACAAGCCGAACGGCACCGCCGACGUGGACAGUCCCGUCACCGCCGUUGACCCUGCUGAUGCGCCGAACCACAAGAUCGACAUAGACUGUCCUGAGCCUGAGUCGGACGUUCGUAGCGAGCCAUACAUUGCGAAGCCCACAUCUAUGCCCCCGCCCUUGCCGGUGGUUGAACCUGUGCCCCUGGACGGCGUGAAUAAGGUGGAGGAGCCUCUCGACCGCGCCCAAGACGCGUCGACUAUGCCCCAGGUUGGUUCCCCUCAUGAGCCUGCCGACAUCGAUGAACCCAUGGAGCCCCAAGUUGACACGGAAAUGACAUCCGUCGUCGUGAAUGACGCGCCUGACGCCCCCCAUCCUGCCCCCGCUGUCGACGAUGCUCAGCCCGACGCUCCACUUCCCGACGAGCACGCCGUAGACACAUCGCCUGUAGACGCGCCUGGUGAAGGAGACGGGGACGUCAAGAUGGAGGAUAGCGUGCCGCCCGAUAGCACCCCUGCUCCGACACCAGGCCCUGCCAAUGAAAACAUUGCCACCAACGACGACGAUCACGCGAAGCCACCUCCUGCGAAGCGCGCGCGCGUGCAUUCGGACGCGGACCAAGCAUCUUUCACACAUUCCGUAACACCUCCUCCAGCGUCGGCCACCGCGUCUCACGCGCAGACGCCCACCCCCGCCCCGCAGACGCCUGUCUCAGCAUACCCUCCGCCAACUCAUUCGUCGCCACAGGGUCCCACCACUAUCACCCGCGACCAAUUUCGCUUCAUGCAGUCGACUGUGCGCUCGCUCAAAAAGCUGAAGGAUUCCGGACCCUUCCUUCGUCCCGUUGACCCCGUCGCUGAGAAUGUUCCCCACUACCCCAGCAUCAUCAAGAACCCCAUGGACUUCGGGACCAUCGAGCGCAAGCUGUCGUCGUCAAACCCGCAAAAGCCCGACCCCAUCCCCACGAAUCCACGCUACCGCACCGCCGAGGACUUUAUCGCCGACGUUCGCCUCAUCUUCCACAACUGUUAUACCUUCAAUGGGCCGAACCAUGUGAUCUCUGCUAUGGGUAAGCGCGUCGAGGAAGUCUUCGACAAGCAGAUCAAGAACAUGCCUCCGCCCGGCGACUCUAUGCCUACGAAGCUGCCACCCGUGAAGAAGCAGUCCACGCCCCAGCCCGUCGCACAUCACAUAUCGGCUCCGCCUGCUGCGCGCAAGAAGCAGCAGCCUGUAGCACGGCGUCCAUCGACGGCAGGUGUGCCCGCGAUACGACGUAACGAGAGCGACGCGGCGAUCAGCGGGCGGCCGAAGCGCGAGAUUCACCCUCCUCCGCCCAAGGAUCUGCCACACGCGGAAGCGAAGCGGCCGAGGAGAAUUCGGGCAGGGAAGGACGAUGGCACCUCGGAACAGUUGAAAUUCUGCCACAAGCUUUUGACAGAGUUGUUCAAGCGGCAAUACUACGAUGCAGCGCAACCGUUUUACGAGCCCGUUGACCACGUACUCAUGAAUAUUCCUACGUAUCCGAAGAUCAUCAAGAGUCCCAUGGACAUGAGCACCAUGCGUCGAAAGCUUGCCAAUGAUCAGUAUCCGACCGCGCACCACUUCCGCGACGACUUCAAGCUCAUGAUACGCAACUGCUUCACGUUCAACCCGAAGGGGACACCGGUCAACCAGGCGGGUGUCGAGCUGCAGCGUAUCUUCGACGAGAAGUGGAAGAACCUGCCGCCUCUGCGCACCGGUAGCGAUCGCGAUGACGACGACGAGGACUUCGACGAGGACAUGGACGACGACACUGGCGUGGAUGGUCGCCUAUCUGAGAUGGAGCGCGAGAUGCAGGAGCUUCAGCACAAGAUGGAGGCGCUGAAGAGAAAGAAGCAGCAGGAGGAGGCGGCGAAGAAGAAGAAACAGCAGCAGGAGAGAAAGGCUGCAAGAGAAGCAGCCGCGGCAGGACCGUCCGCGCCCGCCCGUCCUCCCAAACCCGUGAAGAGCAGCGCACCGCCUCCGAAGAAGAAGGCGAAGAAGGAGAAGGAAGACGACUCGCUCACGUUCGACCAGAAGAAGGAGCUGAGCGAGGUGAUCAGCACGCUCGAGGGUCCCAAGCUCGAGCGCGUCAUCAAGAUCAUUCACGAAGGCGUCCCUGAGAUUGCUGCUAGCAAUGAAGAGAUCGAGCUCGAGAUUGACUUGCUGCCGUCGCAUGUCCUCACUAAGCUUUACAACUUCGUCGUGCGCCCGACCAAGGUCCAGCCGCCAAAGCGCACUCGGCCAGGCGGCGGCAAGGGUACGGGCACGGGCGGGUUGAAGCGCAAGAGCAUGGACGAGGACGCCGAAGCGGAGAAGAUUCGCGUACUGGAGCAGCGGAUGGCGCUGUUCAACGGCGGCGGGGCGGACCCUGGGUCGGCCUCUGCGCCUGCGAUCGGCGGCAACCCAGAGUUAUCGGACUCGAGCUCGGACUCGGACAGUUCUGGCAGCGAGUCUGAGUAAGCUACUUACUUGCCUACCUAUCCGCAGCGGCGCGCGUCGUACUUUUUUGUCCCUCUUGAUCGCGUUACACCUCCCCGUUCGUCGUUUGUCGCAUUCGAAUCCCGCUUGUCCUCGUAGGUAGCUUUUACUUAUGCUCAUGCUCGUGCCGUAUCUUCUUUGCCGUAUGGUCCUAUGGGUAUGGCCCUUCUUGCCUCACCUCUCCUCUCGUCGUACAUAGUGCUCUUUAUUACUUACUUGGUCGAGGUCGAAUAAACUGUAGCGUACAAGCCCAAUGCAUUUCUUAUGCUUAGUUUCGUUCUCGAAGAGCGAGGGUCCGUUCCUUAAUAUAUGCGAUAGUCAACGUCGAUAGGUAUGCGAAAGCAAUGGGAUAGCGAGUUCAGUAUGACAGUCCGAUAUGUGUGGACAAUAGGUGGAUAGGCAGAUGGAAAGGCUCAGCGUCGCC